GCUGCUCAACUUGCAACAGACAUGGAUAAAUGGCCACAAUUAGAAGAAUUUUUUCAGACCAUUAAGAACACGCCGACCAAGUAUGAUAAUGUGGUACAUGAACUCCACAAGGGAGAGCACUUCUCUAAGAUGUACGCGGCCUACAGGCCCCAAUACCCACAAGAGAUCUACGACAAGAUCAUGGCCUACCACUCGGAGAACCCAAGCAACGAGAGACAACUCGCUGUUGAUGUUGCUUGUGGGACUGGACAGGGUACUCUGCCCUUGACUAAAUAUUUCAAAAAGGUGAUAGGGACGGACGUGAGUGAAGACCAAAUCAACAACAUGCCGAAAAAUGUUCCAAACCUGGAGUCUCACGUGUCGUUUGCAGAAGAUCUCAAAUUUCUGACAGACGGGUCGGUGGACCUCGUAACCAUAGCAACAGCCCUACACUGGGUGGAUCAGCCCGAGUUUUUUAAGGAAGUAAAACGUGUGUUAAAGCCUGGUGGGACUUUUGCCGCGUACACUUUCCAUGGGGAUAAUAUUGACGACACUGAGUGGCAGACGUACUAUUUUGGUCUAAUGAAGAAACUGUUUAAAGAUUAUAUCACAUCAAGGACUAUUCAUCUUAUUGACAAAUAUGAAAACACGGAAUUUCCAUUUCAACAAUUGCAAAGAUACGAGGGUAUCAAGUACACAAAAGAGCUGACGGUUGAUGAGUACAUCGGGUAUCUCUCCAGUAUUCACUGCAUCAACAUGUACAUCUUGGACAACCCUGACAGUAACAUUCUUGAUGUAAUGAAAGAAAAACUGAUAUCCAUAUACAAGACCAAAACAGCAAGCGAUGAAGAAAUCAAGGUGAAGGUCAACAGCGAGAUCAUCCUAUUACUCGGCAGGAACUAGCAUACACGUCAUAUUUUGAAAACUACAUUUUUGAUUUAUGAAAUCAAACCUUACCUUAAUGUUAACGUUAAGUUCAUGUCAUUUUCAACAGUAACAUGUAGAAACAAUCACAUUAUCUCUUUUUAUGUCAGUAAGGGAGUCGGGUUCGAAAGAAUUUUUUUAAACCUUUCAUUUAAAAAAUACAUACUGAUUUGUUUUUAGAAGACCUUUGUUCCCGGUUUUUCCCCAAACGUUGCUAACGAGUGUUAAAUCAAAGACCGACAAAUUGCGAUUGUAAUUUUCUAAAAUUAUAUUAAAAAUAACAUACUUUUGUUUUAAUUAAAAUAUGUGAAUUGAAGAUCAGACAUGUAUUAGGUUAGUCUUUCCAUUUAGAGGCACUAAUCACACACAGUAAGGAUCAAAGAUUAUAAGAUUACAACAGAAACCAAACUAUCUUUAUAGUUGAGCAAGAUUAUAAGAUUACAUCAGAAAUCAGACAAUCUUUUUUGGUUCAAUAAGAUUACAAGGUUACAAAAGAAAACAGAAAA